AUGUCAAGCUUCAAGGUUCACGUCAAGGUCCACGCUUUUCAGGUCAAGGUCCAUGGUUUCAGUAUCCAAUCUAUGCAGGAAAAGCAUCAAGGUUCCGAUCUCCCAGCUAUGAUUAUAGUGUUCAGCCAUCCAGGUCAAGUGUCAAGGAUCCGAUUGCCCGGCCAUGGGUAUAGUUCUAGUCUCCAGCCAUCCAGGUCAAGCAUCAAGAUUCUGAUCUCCCAUUAUAUGGUUAUAGGCCAAACAGCAAGGAUCAAAACUCAAAUUUGGGCUACAGUGUGUUUACGAUCCGGCUACACAAUGAAAAAUUUGUUUUCCUUCCAGUGCAACAGGUAUAUACAUCUAGUUCGGCCUUUAGUUACUGUUGGCUUUAUUUCUCUACUGGCUUCACAGUCCAAGCCAGCCAUAAUGGAUCCUAUAUCCGUUCAGUGUUACAGUGUCCUUGUAGUCAAGGUGCCUUUACUGUCUAUGCCAAUGAUUCCGAAUCUGAGCCCUAUCCAGAGUGACAGGGCAACCAUUAAGGAUUCGAUCUCCAUCCAGUAUGACAGUGUUUUCACUGCCCAGGUCGAAGAACAAGGAUUUCUUCUUCAUCCACGGUUACAGCCAAGGCCAAUCGAUCCAGGUUUACUGUCCUCUAGGCCGAAGCCAACGAUCAAAGCUUUGAUAUUCUUUUGGGCUCACAGCAAGCGUUCAAUGCUCAGCUCUACAUCAAAGGUCGCAGUUCAUGCCGAGAAUCAAGAUUGCACUUCAAAAAAUAGGGUUAAGUCUAAUCGCAGAAAAGGCCAACAAUCAAGAUGCCACUCUCCUUCUUGGAUGUUAGGUAUACCAGUAUCUUUAGUCAACAUGGAUGAUCAAGUUUCUGCUUUUUGUCGAGGUCAAGAGAUAAAUUUCCUACUCUCAACCAUGAUCCACAGUAUUUUAAAUCCGAGUCCAACGAUUAAGCUUUGGCUUUCUGGUAAGGGUUGA